UACGUCGGUGGCGAUGCAGAGAGAGACCUCAGCGUAAGAGCCUGGGUGCUUGAUCUCUCAACUCACCUGCGGUGUCGCGGUCGCUCCUUAGGUGGCCGAGUACACACGUAACAACAUACGCGCCAAUAUAAAAAACUGAAAUGAAAUACAUACACAAAAAGAGCUUAACUGAAAGUCGAACGAGGCUAAAGGGACGUUGCGUCAGCGCCUGCUGCGUGCAGCGGCCACGGCGCAGACACCCGCCGGAGCUCUAGUGAAACACUCACUCUGCAGCAGCGAUGGGACCCUAUAUCACAGUUUCAGGUAUAUAUUGCAUAUUGGCGGUGACUAGUGUUGCGCAAGCGGAGCAAUGGCGAUGGCGGAGCGAUGAGCGGAGCGGAGAGUCGCAGGAGGCGCCGUCGGUCCGCAUCGACAACAAAGUGCGAUUUGAGGAUUCAGCCGCCGACCACGCGCUCUACAGUGAUGAAAUGGCCGGCUUCCACAAUCGGCCUUUUGCCGACAGUGCGCUCGUAGCCGACAGAGCAGCAGCAGGGGAGAGCCAGGGUACGCUUGACGACUUAAUGUACUGUCGCUGUGAAAGAGCGCCCGUUCGGAACCUGCAGUGUGUUAUGGGAUCUCGUAAAGGCUGUAGCAGUCACGAAUACCUGUGCUGUUCUUCGCUCGCCACUCAGGACCCGAACCGAGCCGAUCGCCCCCUCGCAGUAGGUCCGGAAGGCCCCACCGGCGUGCUUGGACCUUUCAACAAUAUUAAUACCGAUUCAGGAGAGAGUGCAUCGGCGCAGCGUGGCUUUUACUCACCAGGAGGAGCGUCAGGAUUUAUUGACUUCGGAUUCAGCAGGCCCAUUCUAGUAGGACCGGGUGGACCCACGGGAAUCAUUGGAUCGAGAAGACAGGGUGUGCUGGUUGGACCUGGCGGGCCGACUGGAAUAAUUGGCCCGGCAGGGUUUAACCGAGGGUACGGUGCAAGCAGGCCUGGCAUCCUAGUAGGGCCCGGUGGCCCUACGGGAAUAAUUGGCCCGGGGAGACAGGGUGUGUUGGUUGGACCCGGUGGUCCGACUGGAAUAAUUGGCCCGGCAGGGUUUAACCGAGAGUACGGUGCAAGCAGGCCUGGUAUCCUAGUAGGACCCGGUGGGCCUACGGGCAGGGUGGGGCCAGAAAGGCAAGUUCUGGUCGGACCGGGGGGCCCCACUGGACAAAUUGGGCCACGAAGGAGCUUCGGUAAAUAGUUUCAUAUAAGUUUAAAAUAGAGCGUUGUUAUAUCUGUGAUAACCGAUGAUUUAAAUUAAAUAUAAAAUAGCACCUAACACUUAAUAUAAGUACUGUCAUAAUGA